AUGUCUAAGAAAUUAAAAUUCGAAUUAGUUUAAGCUAUCUCAAGCAAAAUAUCUAAAGAUUGCUAAAUUCAAAAAGCAUCAUUAAAGGAAUUGGUUAAUUUGAUGUUCAGCUAGAAAAAAUACUUCAAAAAUUUUGAGUAUAUUAGCAAUGGCUCAUUUGCUCUUAUCUUAAAAGCUUAUAACUCUAAAGAAAAUCGUCAAGUAGCUCUCAAAUUCUUAGUAUGCUGUAGCGAAGGGUACUAGGAUUAAAUGGAAUCUUUGAAAAAAGAAUAUGAAAUCCUUCAAAAAUUUGGAUAAUCAUAAUUUUUAGUCGAUGUCUACGAUUGUUUCUAUUUAAUGGAAGAAGAAGAAGAUGAGGAUGAAGAUGGAAACGAAAUAAUCGUUUAAAAUGAAUACAAAUCAUUCUUUGUUUUGGAAAUGGAAUGUUGUGAGCACAAUCUUAAAGGGCUCUUCGAUUAUUUCAGAAAAUAAUAAGUACCACCUUCGAAAGAGAUCAAGGAAAUAAUAGCCAUCCAAAUGUUAGAGGGGCUGAAUAACAUUCACGUCAAAAACAUUAUCCACAGGGAUAUCAAGCUUUCAAACAUCCUUGUUCGUCCUUCUCAGGAAUAUGGUUUCUAAAUAAAAAUUUCUGAUCUAGGUUUUGCAACACAUGUGUCUAAAUCAAAAAGCUUCUGUUCAAGGAAAGGAAGUGAUGAAUAUCUUGCUCCAGAAGCGGAAAAAGGACAAUAUAGAAUUCAAUCAGAUCUCUUUUCACUAGGUCUUAUUUUAUUAGAGCUAGACAAUGUUAUGACUCUAAAUGAGGAUUGGAUAGAUUUCGAAACUAAACUGAAUCUAUUCAAUGGAAAAGAAAUACCUGAUGAAAAAUAUUAGAUAGAUAAGAAUUCUAAUAUAUACAAAAUAGCUUAAAUAUGCUUAAAGCCUUCAUAUUUAGAAAGGACUACAGCAGGAGAUUUACUAUCCUAACUAAUCGAAAUGCAUGGUUAACCAUUAAAAUUUGUGUUGACUUCUAUGAUACUAGAGGAAUCAAUACCUAUAUAGGCACAAUAAAUAAUUAAUAAACUGUUGUAAAAUGAAAAGCAUUAAUCUUUUGAUCAGUAUGCUUAGUUUAUUCUAGACAACACAAAUGAGAAAAUUAUAAAACAAGAUGUUCAAGCACAAUUUACAAAUGUAGAAGUAUUAUCUAAUCUGCUGAAAAGUCUCUUUGAAAAUAAAAAAUAUUCGAAUUACUAUUAAAUUCUUAGCUUUGGAAGUUAGGGAAUGAUUUUAGCUACUAAAAAAGUUAAUCUUGAUAACAAAGAAAUAGUACUAAAAAUACAAAAAAUAAUAGAUGAAUAAAAAAUCUAAAAUGAAAUUAGUAUUAUGUAGAAAUUAAAAGAGCCUCUAGUGGUAUAGCUUUAUGAUAGCUAUAUAAUAGAAAAUAUAGUAGGAUCUGAUAGAUACUCAGUCUUAGAAUUAGAAAAAUGUUCAUGUACAUUAGAUGAAUAUCUCGACAGAAAAAACAAAGAUGGAUAAUUUAGCGAAGAUGAUAAAUUUUAAAUAGCCAUCAAAAUUAUAGAUUCUGUCAAUUAUAUUCACUCAUUAAAUUUCAUUCAUAGAGAUAUCAAACCAUAAAAUUUUUUGGUUUGUUUAAAUGAAAAUGAAGUCGAAAUAAAAUUAUGUGAUUUCGGUGUGUCUGCUUAGAUUCCAGAUAAUAGAAAUUCAAUUCAAACUAAAGAGUUCGUUGGAAAUUUAGGAUAUUCAGCACCUGAAAUUUUAAAUAAAAAGGAUAAUGAACUUAAGUUUUAUACAAAGAAAUCUGAUUCAUAUUCAGUAGGGCUAUUGUUAACUUUGAUUGACAAUUACUACAUUCUAAAUAAAAAUGCAAGUUUAACUUUUGCAUUAAUGACACAAAAGCAGCUAGAUAAGCCUUUCGAAAAAUCUAAUAUUAAAAUUAACAAAAAUUCAAAAAUUUAUAAACUUAUUAAACUUCUUGUAGUUUCUGAUUGUGAUAAGAGAGUAUCUCUUUAUGAUAUUGUUGAAAAAAGUGGUUACUAAUUCUUUUCAAAUUCAAAAAAAAUGAAAUAAAUUCUACAAAAAACUCCUGUGAUGCAAAAUGAUGAAAAAGUAGAGCAAAAUAAGUCUAUUGAAAUUAAUUCUAUCGAAGAUUUGAAUAAAAUUUAAAAUUACAAUAUUGUUACAAUAAAUUUAAGUAAAAAUAUUAUUGGUGCACAUCCUGUAAAAGAUUUAGGCAAUAGAAUAGCCUAGUUCAAGAAUAUUAUAAGUUUGACACUUGAUUUAAGAAGUAGUAGUAUUGGCGAUGAGGGUGCAAAAAAUAUAAGAACAGGAAUAGAGUAGUGCAAGAAUCUCACAAGUUUGACACUUGAUUUAAGAAAUAAUAGUAUUGGUGAUGAGGGUGCAAAAAAUUUAGCAAUGGCAAUAGUGUUGUGCAAGAAUAUCACAAAUUUAAAUCUUAAUUUAAGUACAAAUUAAAUUGGUGAUGAGGGUGCAAAAGAUUUAGGCUAAGGAAUAGUAUUGUUCAAGAAUAUCACAAAUUUAAAUCUUAAUUUAAGUACAAAUUAAAUUGGUGAUGAGGGUGCAAAAGAUUUAGGCAAAGGAAUAGCAUACUGCAAGUAUAUCACAAAUUUGAAACUUGAUUUAAGUGCAAAUGGUAUUGGAGAAUAUGGUGUAAAAGAUUUAGGUACAGGAAUAGCGUAGUGUAAAAAUAUUACAAGUUUGACACUUAAAUUAGUUGAGAAUAGCAUUGAUGAAUAUGGUGCAAAAGAUUUAGGCAUGGGAAUAGCUUAAUGCAAGAAUAUCACAAGUUUGAUACUUGAUUUAAGUACAAAUAGUAUUGGUGAAUAUGGUGCAAAAUAUUUAGGCAUAGGAAUAGCUUAAUGCAAGAAUAUCACAAGUUUGGCAAUUAAUUUAAGUAAAAAUAGUAUUGGUGAAUAUGGUGCAAAAGAUUUAGGCACAGGAAUAGCUUAAUGCAAAAAUAUCACAAGUUUGACACUUGAUUUAAGUGAAAAUAGCAUUGGUGCAUAGGGUGUAAAAGAUUUAGGCACAGGAAUAGCUUAAUGCAAGAAUAUUACAAGUUUGACACUUUAUUUAAGUAAAAAUAGUAUUGGAGCAUAAGGUGCAAAAGAUUUAGCCACAGCAAUAGCUUAGUGCAAAAAUAUUGCAAGUUUGACACUUGAUUUAAUAGAAAAUAGCAUUGGUGCAUAGGGUGCAAAAGAUUUAGGUACAGGAAUAACGUAAUGCAAGAAUAUUACAAGUUUAACACUUGAUUUAAGGGAAAAUAGUAUUGAUGCAUAUUACGCAAAAGAUUUAGGUACAUAAAUAGCGUAGUACAAGAAUAUCAAAAUCUGA